GCAGCGUCCGGCACGCGUACACGCCUGGAAGGGCCGCAGCGCGGGACGCUGUAGUCCGCAGAGUCCGCGGGAAGGAGCGGGUGCCCGCAGUUCUCCUCGCAGCCCCCCGGACCCGCCUCCGAGAUGUCGUAUAUGCUCCCGCACUUGCACAACGGCUGGCAGGUGGAUCAGGCCAUCCUUUCGGAGGAGGACCGCGUGGUGGUCAUUCGCUUUGGGCACGACUGGGACCCCACCUGCAUGAAGAUGGACGAGGUGCUCUACAGUAUAGCCGAGAAGGUUAAAAAUUUUGCAGUUAUUUAUCUUGUGGAUAUUACAGAAGUGCCUGACUUCAACAAAAUGUAUGAGUUAUACGAUCCGUGUACUGUCAUGUUUUUCUUCAGGAACAAGCACAUCAUGAUUGACCUGGGUACUGGUAACAACAACAAGAUCAACUGGGCCAUGGAAGACAAACAGGAAAUGAUAGACAUCAUCGAGACUGUGUACCGGGGCGCCCGGAAAGGUCGCGGCCUGGUCGUGUCUCCAAAGGACUACUCCACGAAGUACAGAUACUGAGCUCAGCCCAGCCUCCAUGCACAGAAAUGGUGUGCAGUCGUUUUCAUGUGGAAAUAUUGGAAACUAUUUAAAGACUUAGAGAAAGCGUUUGGAAGAGAAUACGAAGAUGAAGGGGUUGGAGGGUCUUUGCAAUAAGGGUUGCAUGGCCUCAACUCUCCGCCUGCCUGGCCGUUGUAUUUUUAUAUUAGCAAAUAUCUGUAAAUAUCUAGCUGAAAUAAAUAAAAUAUGCAGUGAUGGAAAGUCAUAA